UGCAUCGCGUAGCGAAACAUGUAACAUGGCGGCCCCGCCGGACGCAAAAAAGCGUAAACUGAGCGAUGGACUCAAGAGGGGAGCUUCGACGGUGGAGCAGCCGAGGCAGUCCCGCCGCAACUGUCCCUACCUGGACACGAUCAACCGAAACGUGCUGGACUUCGACUUCGAGAAACUGUGCUCGGUGUCGCUGUCGCGAAUCAACGUGUACGCCUGCCUCGUCUGCGGCAAGUACUUCCAGGGCCGCGGAACCAACACGCACGCCUACACGCACAGCGUGCAAGUGAGCCACCACGUGUUCCUCAACCUGCAGACGCUUCGGUUCUACUGCCUCCCCGACAACUACGAAAUCGUCGACUCGUCCCUGGACGAUAUCACAUACGUCCUGCGCCCGACGUUCACCAAGGAGGACAUAGUGCGGCUGGACACCAGUGAUCGCCUGUCGCGCGCAUACGAUGGCACAACCUAUCUGCCAGGCAUUGUGGGCCUCAACAACAUCAAAGCAAACGACUACUGCAACGUCAUCCUCCAGGCACUCUCGCACGUGCCCCCACUGCGCAACUACUUCCUGCGUGAAGAGAACUACACGACGCUCAAGAGACCUCCGGGCGACAUCAACUUCCUCAUAGUGCAGCGCUUUGGUGAGCUCAUCCGCAAGCUCUGGAACCCAAGAAACUUCAAGGCCCAUGUGAGCCCCCACGAGAUGCUGCAAGCUGUGGUGCUUUGCAGCAAGAAGCGCUUCCAGAUCACGCAACAGGGCGACCCCAUUGAUUUCCUCUCGUGGUUCCUCAACAGCCUGCACAUGGCACUCAACGGAACCCAGAAGAUCAGCAGUAGCGUCGUCUAUCGGACAUUUCGUGGUGGUAUGAAUGUCUACUCACGAAAGGUCAUUCCUGUGGAAAUGACUGAGGCUGAGAGGCGGGCUGCUCUGCGUACCACCGAGUACGACGAGAAGGUUGAGAGCACGGGCUUCAUGUAUCUGACCGCAGACUUGCCGGCGCAGCCUCUGUUCAAGGACGAGCUACGUGAGAACAUCAUUCCUCAGGUGCCCCUUUUCACCAUACUCUCAAAGUUCAACGGGACGAGCGAGAAGGAGUACAGGACGUACAAGGACUCGACACUCAAACGCUUCGAGCUGACCUCUCUGCCACCGUACCUCAUCCUCUACAUCAAGCGCUUCACGAAGAACACUUUCUUCGUCGAGAAGAACCCCACCAUUGUGAACUUCCCCAUCAAGGAUGUUGACUUGGGUGAACUGAUAGCUACAAAUGUGCCAGACGCUGCCGAGGGAACCUACGUCUAUGACCUCAUUGCCAAUGUCGUGCAUGAGGGUGAACCUGGAUCUGGGAAAGGAACAUACAGGGCUCACAUCUUGCACCGUGGUUCUGGAAAGUGGUACGAGCUACAAGACCUGCACGUCACUGAGAUCUUACCACAGAUGAUCACGCUGUCGGAAGCCUACAUACAGAUAUGGGAGCGACGGAGAAAAAAGCCAAUGGUAUCAACACCCGAGUAGGCUGUUCCUGGAGCACAUUCUGUUUUGAUGACGUCCUAGUUUGCUCGUUUAUGAAUAAAUGCGAAGUUGUUGUA